GAGCCGCGGCGGCCGAUGGCAGAUAUGUCCAGCGUGCGAGAGAAGGCGGCGUCGCUGCAUAUUUCGGAGCUCUACAGCCCCGAGCAGAAGCCUCCGGGUUUCAGCGUGGCCCAGAAGCCUUUUGGGGCCACGUACAUCUGGAGCAGCAUCAUCAGCACCCUGCAAGCAGAAGUGGAAGUCAAGAGACGGAGGCACCACUUAAAGCGACACAACGACUGCUUCGUGGGCUCGGACGCUGUGGACGUCGUCUUCUCCCAUCUUGUCCAGAACAAGUUCUUCGGGGAUGUCGACAUUCCUCGCGCCAAAGUCGUGAGAGUGUGUCAGGCGCUGAUGGACCACAAAGUGUUCGAAGCCGUCCCCACCAGAGUCUUCGGACGAGACAAGCGGCCGGUGUUUGAGGACAGUAGCUGCAGCCUUUACCGGUUCACAGCUGUGCCUGGCCAGGAGGACGGGCAGGGGGGGAAAGAGAACCGCGUGGGCACAGCUGCCAGACAUGAGAAGACACCAUUAUUUAAUUCAUCCACUUUGAAGUCGACAAGCUUAGAGGAUCUGUGGGAAAAUCUGAGUUUGAAGCCGGCUAACUCCCCUCGUGUAAAUAUCUUCACAAAUUUGUCUCCUCAAGUUAUUAAUGAAGUGUGGCGAGAAGAGACCAUCGGACGGCUGCUCCAGCUCAUCGACCUCCCGCUGCUCGACUCCCUGCUUCAGCACCAAGACGCGGCCCCCAGAGCCUCCGCGGCCCGGCCGGAUCUCAUCACCACCAGCAACUAUCUGGACCGCGGCGUCCUCAAGGCCUACAGUGACGCGCAGGAUGACGAAUGGCUCUCGGCAGCCACCGACUGCUUAGAGUACCUUCCGGACCAGCUGGUGGUGGAGCUGAGCAGAAGCUUUCCUGAGCUGCCAGACAAAGGAGACGUGUGGAAGGCGCUCCUGUUCGACACCAUUAGCAAAUACUACAACAACAGGGAGCCUCUGCUAAAUCACUUGUUCGACAUCCACACGGGCAUCGCAGAGCUCCUGGUGAAUGGGAAGACGGACAAAGCGCUAGAAGCGACCCAGCUCUGCCUGAAGCUCUUGGAUUCCCCCCGGCGAGAGGAGUUCAGAAGGCUGCUGUACCUGAUGGCCGUGGCAGCCCGCCCUUCUGAAUUUAAGUUACAGAAAGAGAGUGAUAACCGGAUGGUGGUGAAAAGGGCAUUUUCUAAAGCGAUCGUAAACAACAAAAAUUUAUCCAAAGGAAAAACGGACCUUUUGGUGCUAUUUUUAGUGGAUCAUCAAAAAGAUGUUUUUAAGAUCCCGGGAAUGCUGCACAAAAUCGUCAGCGAUAAACUCAUGGCCAUACAAAGAGGAAAAGAACCCGAGAGAGACACAGGCUAUGUCUUCUGCCAGAGACAUGACCAAAGUGAGUAUCACAGCAAUACCCAAAAAGCUACAAAGGAAGAGCUUUUGUCUUUGCUAAAAACUAUUGAUGAGGACUCAAAAAUAUCUGCCAAAGAAAAGAAGAAAUUGCUACGUCAGUUUUAUGAAAGUCAUCAGAAUAUCUUUGUAGAAUAUUUUGGAGAUAGAAUUUCAAAUAUUUUUAUAUAAAUUGUGUAUUUGAGAGUGAUUCUGUAUAUCUGAAAACCAAAUGUAUAAUCUGUAUUGUCAGUUUUGAAAUGUUGCUUUUUAGAGAAACUGUGAUGAAUAAAAUAUUUGCUUAUAUA